AUGACAUCUCCCAGGAGAAUGAUUAAGAGUCUUUUAGGGCCAAAAGAAAAACUUUGUGUUGGAGCAUGGAAUGUUCGCACAAUGUUUGAAACAUCAAAGACAGCGCAGGUUGCCGAUGAAAUGCAGAUAUGUGGACUUGACAUUCUAGGAGUGAGUGAAUGUCUUUGGUUAAAAUCAGGAAAGAUGAGAGUGAACAGUGGCCAUACCAUCUUAUAUUCAGGACAUGAUGACAAACAUCAAAGUGGAGUGGGAAUAAUGAUAAGCAAAGAAAAGAUCAAAACACUACUUGAGUGGGAGCCAAUCAAUGACCGUUUAAUUAGAGCACGUUUCAACUCCAAGUACUGUAAACUUACAAUCAUACAGUGCUAUGCACCAACGAAUGAUGCGGAAGAAGAAAUUAAAGAUGACUUCUACGAACAACUUCAGAUGGUCGUAUCUAAGGUUCCUCAGCACGACAUGCUGUUGAUGAUGGGCGAUCUGAAUGCAAAAGUGGGUGCUGACAACACUGACUGCGAAAGAUCAAUGGGCAAACAUGGUUGUGGAAUACGCAAUGAUAAUGGAGAACGCCUUAUUGACUUCUGCCUUAACAACAAUCUGGUGAUAGGGGGGACCAUAUUCCCCCACAAGGAUAUACAUAAGUUAACUUGGAAAUCUCCAGAUGGUAGAACAACAAACCAGAUCGACCAUAUGAUAAUAAACAAUAAGUGGCGUAGAUCAUUAUAUGAUGUUAAAGUAUACAGAGGUGCGGAUGUCAACGGUGACCACUACCUGUUGAAAGCUACUAUCAAACUGAAACUACGCAGAAAUCACCAACAGUAAGGAAUGAAAAGGAAAUUUGACAUAGAUAAAUUAAAAAUUCCAAAUAUUAAUAAGGCGUUCAAUCUGGAAUUAAA